AUGGUGACGCUGGCGAGCAAUGGUGACCAUCUCCGUCUCGAGCUCAAGGCUCUCCCGGAGUCCGUAUCGGACGUAGGAUCAGCCGAACUCUCGGACUCACUCCGACUUCGCCGCCGCCGCGCCGUCCUUAAAUACAGCUCCACCCCACGGCCAAGGUCGCCGGCGGAAUUGUUGAAGGACGAGAAGAGUAGAAGGACGCCUGCCCUCUCGCUCGCCACGCCACCAAGUUCGAUCAAUCACCGUCCGCCGCGCCGCGCCGCGCCGAUGAGUUUCCAGGACGUGUUCCACGACCUGGAGGCGGCGGGGCUCCCGCCGCGUCCCCCGCCGCCGCCGCCGCGGGCCGUGGUGGCGCACUGCGUGUUCCAGAUCAACACCAAGGUGGCCGCGCUCCGCCGCCUCGCGGACGAGCUCGCCUGCGGGGGCGGGGGCGACGUCCGGGAGCGCAUCCGCAGGGCGCGCGCCGAGGCCACGCGCCUGGCGCGGAGCACGGCGCGGAGGCUCGCCGACCCCGCCGCCGCGGCCGCCGUCGGGCCCAGGCUGGCCAUGGACUUCCAGGCCGCGCUCGGGGAGUUCCAGUGGGUGCAGGGCCGGAUCAUCGAGGCUGACCGCCAGGAAACCGCCGCCGCCGCCCGCCGCGCUCGCGCGCCGCCCAUGUUCCGUCCCCCGUCGCCGCCCAGCUACGGCUCGUCGCAGUCGAACAAUGCCGCUGCCGGCGCCGAUCAGCCACGCGGCACGCAGAUGCAGCAGCAGCAGCAGCGGCUCGUGGAAUCACGGAGGACGCACGAGCUGGCCCUGCUGGACAACGAGAUCACCUUCAACGAGGCGCUCGUCGAGGAGAGGGAGCGGGAGAUAUGCAAGAUUCAGCAGGAGAUCAGCGAGAUCAACGAGAUCUUCAGGGACCUAGCAAAGCUCGUCCAUGACCAGCAAGGGGCCAUCGAUGUCGUCGAGUCCAACAUCGAGACGGCCGCCAUGGAGACGAGCAAAGGGGAAGGCCAGCUCACGAGGGCCGCGCGGACGCAGGAAUCGAACUGGCCGAUGAAGUGCUUGCUGGCCACUGUUCUUGGCCUCCUAAUGCUGAUCUUCGCGUUAGUUUUUAUAGCGUAG